CUUCUGUUUUAUCCUUGAAGUUAUUGUCCCGUUUUAAUGCCGGAUGCGGAAGGAUCUUAAGUUGAUGCCUGAGAAAAAGAGGAAAAUGUGCCCCCACAGGAGGCAGGAUAAUGAAGACAAACAUCUGCUGUUGCCAUUGAAUCGAGCUGCAGGAUUUCCUUGACUUCUCCUAGGAGGAGGGCCAUAAGGUUUUGUUGCCAAGCCUCCAAGGCUGGAGCUGUAAAAGGGAGAGAUCAGCGCUGACUGUAGCAGUUCUUCUGACGCCGCUGCUCAGAACCCAGCAUGAACCCCGACUUCACCAAAAAUGCACAGGAGAGGCCCGAGCCCUUUAAGGCAGAUGUCAAAGGGAGCAUUCCCAGCUGGCUACAGGGAACUCUCCUGCGUAACGGACCUGGGAUCUUCUCCGUGGGGGAGACGCGCUAUGAGCACUGGUUUGAUGGGUUGUCACUGUUGACCAGUUUUACAUUUAAAGAUGGCGAGGUGACACAUAGGUGCAGAUUCCUCAGGAGUGACACCUACAACGCCAACAUGGCUGCAAACAGAAUAGUUGUGUCUGAAAUGGGAACAAUGGCCUAUGCAGACCCAAGCAAGAACUUUAUUUUCAAGGCAAUUACUUUUCUGAACCACACCAUGCCAGACUUCACAGACAACUGUGCCAGCAACAUCAUUAAAUAUGGAAACGACUAUUAUGCCACUUCUGAAACCAACUACAUUCGCAAAAUUGACCCUGUUACCUUGGAAACUCAAGACAAGGUGGACUACAUGAAGUACGUGCCCGUGAACUUGGCCACGUCCCAUCCACACUAUGACAGAGAAGGCAACGCUUACAACUUUGGGACAUCAAUAGCUGAGAAAGGCCGAACGAAGUACACACUGUUCAAAGUCCCAGCUGUUUCAGAGAAAGAUAAAGGAAAGCAUGCUCCUGCUCUGAAGAAUGUGGAGGUGGUCUGCUCAGUUCCCUGUCGCUCUCUCCUCCAGCCCAGCUACUACCACAGCUUCGGAAUGACCGAAAACUACAUCAUCUUCAUUGAGCAGCCUUUCAAGCUGGACAUCCUGAAGAUGGCCACGGCCUACAUGAGAGGGGUGAACUGGGCCAGCUGCAUGAAAUACGCCCCUGAGGAAAAUACUUUGAUCCACCUGGUUGACAGAAAAACCGGCAAAGAGGCAUCCAUCAAGUACUCCACCGGAUCAAUGGUGGUCUAUCAUCAUGUAAAUGCUUUUGAGGAUGAGGGCCACGUGGUGUUUGAUGUCAUCGCCUACAACGAUACCGACCUUUAUGAAAUGUUCUACCUGAACAGGAUGAAGGAAGAUGCUGCUUCUCAAGGCAGGGACUACUCUAGACCAAGUUACAGAAGAUUUGUCCUUCCGCUUCACUCCGACAAGAGCAGUGCAGUUGGGGAAAACCUAGUUAAACUCACGUACACGACAGCCAGCGCUGUGAAGGAAAAGGAAGGGAAGCUGACCUGCCAGGCAGAGGUGCUCUGUGGAGAUUUGGAAUUACCCAGGAUUAAUUACGACUUCAAUGGCAAGAAGCACCAGUUUGUCUACGGAAACAUCGUGGAGAAAUCUGCAUCAACAAAACAGAUUGCAAAGUUUGACACGGAAACCAAAACCAUGCUUCACUGGGAAGAGACCAACUACUGUCCAUCAGAGGGAGUGUUUGUCCCCAGACCAAACGGAGAGUCAGAGGAUGAUGGAGUGGUCUUAAGCUCAGUCGUCAACUCCAACCCAGGCCAGCCUGGCUUCCUCCUGGUCCUUGAUGGCAGGACAUUCAAGGAAGUAGCUCGAGCUUAUGUGAACACUGAGCUCUACAAGGACGUCCAUGGACUUUUUAUUCCACAUGGUAGCAAUCACUAGUCUAGCCAAUAGUUUACUACCACUAUGGGAAAGAUAUAUAACAGUACAACAACAAACAUAAAACCUAUGUACUCCGGCUACGAAGCCUGAUUUUUACUGUUACCAUCUCAGCUCUAUGUCUAUCCAAGUUUGUAUAUAAAUCACAGAAACAUUUUUUCUUAUAAAUGAAAAUAUGAGCCACUGAAGAUGUACAUGCAUAUUUACAUAAACCGAAGGUGUUUGCUUCUUAUUGUAUUAAAGACUAUGUUAAAUUGAAUCGUCAUUGUGUCAUGUCAGUUCCUGAUCAGUCAGAAAGAGGAGAAGACAGCUGUUGUGGAAUUGAACUGGUUUAGAUCAAACUGAAAAAUCAUCAUUUUAUUUAAAUCACAUGUCAUCAGAUGUUUGAGUCAGUGAUAAAAAUCUGACACAGGAGAAAACUUCAGUCAGCUGAGUUUUAUUUAGGAGAAAAGGAACGACAGUCAUGCCCAAAGGGCAUCUUUGCAUCAUUUUCUCACGAUAAGACAGCUUAAAAUUGCACUAAUUAGAAACAUCUAAAGGUUUUCUUUUUGGAACAUUGUCUUCAAAAUGGCACAUUUAAUAAAAUGCAUUUCAGCAAGCUGUUGUAUGAAAAAAAUCAUUAAAAUGAUUUCAAAACAAAGGAUUGACAGAUGCUGCAAUUUCAGCUUUCUAUUAUGAAAAUCUGCAUACUAUUUACUUUAAGAAAGUAUCUCCAUGCUUUGCUGUAAGAUAUUCUUAAAGGAAAAGUCACAUAUUCAAUUCAAUUCAAGUUUUUUUAUAUAGCGCCAAAUCACAACAAGAGUCGUCUCAAGGCACUUCACAUAAUAAACAUUCCAAUUCACAGUUCAUUAAGCCAAUCAGAAAUAAUGUUUCCUAUAUAAGGAACCCAGCAAAUUGCAUCAAGUCACUGACUAGUGUCAGUGACUAUACAGCAAUCCUCAUACUAAGCAAGCAUAAAGCGACAGUGGAGAGGAAAACUCCCUUUUAACAGGAAGAAACCUCCAGAGAAUCCUGGCUCAGUAUAAGCAGCCAUCCUCCACGACUCACUGGGGAUCGAGAAGACAGAGCAGACACACACACACACACACACGCACGCACGCGCACGCGCGCACACACACACACACACACACACGCACACACACACACACACGCACGCACGUGCGCACGCACACACACACACACACACACACAGACAAGUAAUGUGUCUAUAGUUACAUUGUGAUGUCUUAGUAAAUAUUGUAUUUGAUGAAAGAUAAACUUUAUUGUAUUUAUUCUAGUGGAUCUAUAAUUAAACGGAUAAACUAGUAGUAGCACAUCAAAAGUCAAGGAAAACAAAAAGUUAUUAUCAGGAGAGAGAGAAUGUAUUAGUGGUUAGCAACAGUGUGCUAGUCGAUGGCCCCCUCCAUGAGGCCACCACAGCUCAGCAGAACGUCAUUGUCGCUUCUUCUGGGGAGAAAAACAUAUAGCUCAAAAAGUUGAAAAUUGCUGCUAAUGGCAUCUGCAAUCCCAUUGUAUGAGGCCAAUUAAUUUUGUAAACUUUUUUUGUAUUCUGAGUCUAAUAUAAUAUCCUAUAUUCAUCAGGGAGUGUGAACCUCUAAUAAACACAGAACAUGGAUUCAUUACAUUUAUAAUUACUUUAUUUGAUCAGACUUACAAAAAAGAUUUUGUCAUGUAGCUAAGUGUAAUGUCCACUAGAGGGCGCCAACAGCUACCCUGAUUGAGGAUCCGUUUUUCCACCAGUGAAAUUUGAAUUGCACAUCAAAACAAAAGUGACAGGGAUCCAAACUGCUGUCAUUAAACAGAAAAUACACACUCAUGUGUCAAGUGCCUGAGUUACUAUGUAAAAUACAACAUGAGGAUGCAUUUUAUUACCAUCAAUGUAACAGUGCAGGUCAAAAAAUACACCACACCUGAGUGACAGUAGAAAAUAGUUAUCUAAAUACGCUGGCAAAACUCCUCUAACCUUUCUGUUAAAAACACAAGUGGGAUAAAUAAAACCCAACAAAAUAAGCUGCUACUGUGAUUUCACAGGAUAAAAAAAACCACAAAUACAUCAGUUAUCCUGGAUUCAACAAAAACAUUUUAGAGUGUAUAUUCAGUGAUUUAGUGCAGCAAAACAAGGCAGGUUUCAGUAUUCGUCUUUUUCCAGGAAAAGGUUCUCGAGCAGCUUCCAACUCUCAUGCCACACACACGACACACGAUAUCUCACACACACACACAAGUAAACUCGAGUGCUAUCAAUAGUGCAAUAAUUCUAACAUCCAGCUUUCAAAAGGUGUAUUUCUCUUAAGUUCCAUGAUGAUCCAUAAUUUAAACAAGGGCACACACGUUUGGAUGUGACACAACAGGCUGACUGUAGACACCAGAAAUGAGUCAAAUCCAGGUAUAAAAACAAGAUUAUUUCAUUUAGCUGAAAAAAAUACAUUUAAACAGAAUUUCAGGUUGUCUAAGUAAAUCCAUGACUUUUUUUUACAGUGUAAGAGAAUAACGUGUAACGUGUACAGAUUUAAUAGAAAAGUUCAGUUUCUGACUCUCAAAAUGGGAAAAUUUGACUUCCGAUUGUCUACGAUGAGAUGUAGAAGCUAAUAAAUAAAUGACUAAGUAGUUAUACGCCAGCUGCGGCUGAGAUUUCCUGUAGUAAGAGACAAAAAAAGGACAUAUUUAGAGGGAUUCGGCAUGAUGGCUGAAAAACGUCAGUUGACAAAAGUCCUCUCUCUGAAAGGAGGUGAAGGAGCUCUCUAGCCUGGAUAAGAAUAAGCAGGAAAUGAGUGAGAGAGCUCUGAAACAGGGAGCAGUGAAAAGAUCAACGUGCUUUUAGGCAACAGCAGAAGUCGCUUUCACAGAGAAGAAUUUAAGGAUAAGGAACCAGAUUACAGGAGGGAGACCACACUGUGGUUUCCAUGGUGUUUUAGUGGGAUGGAGGCAGUGGAGGACUUUUCUGCUUUUUGUCCGUGGAUGCAAACAGGUGCACCAAAAUGUUCAGGGGUCAUUUAGAGCUUUCCACUCACGGUGCUCGCUGGCAUUCAGCUGCUUUCAACUUGAGCUUCCUCUUCCUUUGCUGGAGAGUCCGGGCUUUUCUCAGCAUCUCCUUCACCUAACAGACGGGGACCAGUCUCAUGAGAGUAAUCAGGUGAAUUCAUCAGAAAAAUAAAAACAUUCCAUCUGGUUUUGUAGAUGUAGUUUGUUGGACCUUGGCCGUGCGGAGCGGCAACUGUAGCAUCAUGGGCUCUGACCUAUAUUAAUGUCGAUGGCUCUGACCCACAACAAACAAAGCCAGGGCUUGAUUUGCUCUAUUUUAUUGAUACAUCCUGACUGUUAACAGCCUAGAAGCAGCAGAAAAUGUCACAUUGAUCACACAGAAAUGAAUCCUGGAUUUAAAACCUUUACAUGAUUCAGAUUUUCUUCUGCUUUACAAAGAUGUCCAACAUCAGUUCCCAAUAAUGGAAGCUCCAUAAUAAACAGAUAUAUGACUGACUCAUGAGUGGAAACCCACAUAAAAGACAGAAAAUGUCCAACGGUUUGUCAUAUUCAGGAGUUUUAAAGUCUUUAUUAUGAGACACAAACUCAGAAUUAUAAGCUUGGCUAACAUAAUUAUAAUACUGUAUCUCAAAAAAUGACUUGAUCUCAUAAUAAUGACUACUCUUAGAAAAAAUGUUGUAUCUUAUAAUUAAUUUUUAAACCAUGUUUCUAAAGAAAAAUUUGUGUCUCACAAAAAUGACGAUCUCAUAACUGACAUAUUGUGGGACAUUUUCUUUCUUUUAUGCGGCGCUAAUGGGUUUCCAUACAUGAGACCAGAACACUGGGGUUGUUUUUUUAUUGUUUUUUUUUUUACAUCUGUGUAUUUCUCAGCUUUGAUUAUUUGUAUGGGCAAAGCAAGGACAUGCAUUAUUUUCAGGUUUUGAAAAAGGUUUGUUUGCACAAUAAAAUCAUUAAAUUAUAGAAACAUCGUACAACAUCGUCAGCAAAGAGGAAAUACAACAUUCUUGUGUUAUUCAGUCUCACAGCACCUGCUUUAUUUAAAAAAAAUGCUAACUAUAUUGUCAACGUGGACUUGUCAGAUCCCACAUAGCGCACACCUGAAAUACACCAUCCAACAGAUGACUGUAGGUCAUCUCUGCCCACCUUAAGCCCUUGCCUGUUUUCACCAUUUUCUUCGUGCAAGAGGAGUUUAAAAUGCACACUUUUGUUUGGUAAACACAUUAAAACAACAAAGUCACUGGGUUGACAAAGAUCACAACUUAAAUUUUACUGCAAAUGAAACAUUUACGAUGGAGUUGGUGAAAUGCAACUGUGCCGUUUCUCACCUGAUUUGUUGAUACUGAGCUGUGCCAGACUUUGGGAAAGGUCGGAGGCUCCCUGCACACCCGAGCUUGCCGGGAGCUCAUGGAUGGCGUUCCUGCGGCCGGAUCGUCGAGACGCAAUGAAGUCCUCGUAGGUCGCCUCCACAUCCGUCAUCUCUGCCACACCUCACCAUAGCAUUUGUCUGUUGCACACAGCGCUGUA